AUGUCCAAACCUUCGGACCACAUCAAGAGGCCCAUGAACGCCUUCAUGGUUUGGUCUCGGGGUCAGCGGCGUAAGAUGGCUCAGGAGAACCCCAAGAUGCACAACUCGGAGAUCAGCAAGCGGCUGGGCGCCGAGUGGAAGCUGCUGUCGGAGGCGGAGAAGCGGCCGUACAUCGACGAGGCCAAGAGGCUGCGCGCCCAGCACAUGAAGGAGCACCCCGAUUAUAAGUACCGGCCCCGGCGUAAACCCAAAAACCUGCUCAAGAAGGACAGGUAUGUCUUCCCUUUGCCCUAUCUGGGCGAUGCCACGGCUGACCCCCUCAAGGUGGCUGGAUUGCCAGCGGCGGCCGCGGCUGCGGUGGUGGGGGCUUCUGAGAGUCUCCUGAGUGUCCCCGAAAAAGCCCGGGCCUUCUUGCCACCUGCUUCGGCCCCCUACUCCCUGCUGGACCCCACACAGUUCGGCUCCGGUGCCAUCCAGAAGAUGGGCGACGCACCUCACGCCCUGACCGCCGGCGCCCUGCCCUAUGCGUCCACCCUGGGUUACCAAAACGGAGCCUUCGGCAGUUUGGGGUGCUCAAGCCAGCACACUCACACCCACCCGUCCCCCACCAACCCGGGCUACGUAGUCCCCUGUAACUGUACGGCCUGGUCUACGUCUACCCUGCAGCCUCCCGUGGCCUACAUCCUCUUCCCGGGCAUGACCAAGACUGGCAUAGACCCGUACGCAUCCGCACACCCCACGGCUAUGUAA